AUGGCGGUUUGGCUAUUUCUAAUGUUUUACUUCUUGGUGGCUUGUUCCUGUCACACGUACCAAGUGCUGAAAGAUAUUCAAGAUUCAGUCUUGGAAAACUACACAAAAUGUCUAAGGCCGCUCAAAAAUCAGAAGAAUACCAUGUUUGUCUACACAGAUCUAAUGUUAAAUUCCAUUCAGGAUUUCAAUGUGAAAACAGGUACGCUAAAAUCGUCCAUUGCGUUGAAUUUGGUGUGGAAAGAUGAGUUUAUUCAGUGGGACGCCUUAGACGAAGACAUGAUGAUGUUCCAACUGUCCAAAGACAAGGUAUGGACUCCGACCAUGAUUCUACAUAAUCCUGCAGAGGGGUUUGAAUUAACAACUGAAUCCACUUCAGUUCAUAAAACACAGCAUUUCUUCAACGGUACAGUCAACUAUGUAAUAACGGGAAGUAUUUUAACACUUUGUGAACCAGAUAUUUUCUAUUAUCCCAUGGACAAACAUUCAUGCGAGAUUCAGAUCAUAAAUUCACAUUACGAGGAAAAGGUUGUUCUAAAAUCGCUCCGUGAUAGUAUUCGGCUCGAUCAUUAUGUGGAACAUCCACAAUGGGUGAUCACUGGAACAAAUGUAAGCUCAAAAUUUGUUCAUGGGAAAAUCACGGAAAUCUCUUUUAAUAUUCAUUUUCGUCGCAAACCAGAAUUUCUGAUGAUAAAUGUUCUCCUGCCAAUCAUAUUCUUAAGUGCUUUGAACGUCCUUGUCUUUCUUUUGCCCCAUCAGUCGGGUGAAAGAAUUUCGUACGCCAUAACACUUCUGUUGACUUUUGUAGUGUUUAUGAAUGCCAUGGCGGAUGAACUUCCACCAAUAGGGGAUCCAGUUUGUCUUUUGAACAUAUACAUUACGAUACAAAUGACAAUGAGCUCAUUUAUAGUUUUCUUUACGAUAGCAAGUCUAAGUCUGUAUGACAAUGACGAUAAAGCAAAACCAGUCCCCACUCAUUGGAAAAUGUGUGCCUAUUAUGCUGGUAAGCUGAUGUGCUUGAAGUUCAAAAGCGUCCAGGAAUUCGAAAUACCAAAUAUUCCCAAAAUUAAUGAAGUAUUUCCAUAUGAAGACGACGAUAGUGAAGUUAUACAACAAUCGCAAGCCGAACCCUACCUAGAUCUGGGAUGGAAGGACAUCGGACAUGCUGUUGAUAGAUCUCUGUUCGUAGUUAGCAGUCUCAUCCUUAUCUGUGACACUUCAUUCUACUUCUGGUCAAUUUUUCUAACUUAA